UUGGAAGGAGAAGGAACAAGAGACGGACUUUGCUCAAGUCGGACGUCUGACUGGCAACACUGACUGCUGCCUUGUCCACAGAGGUGUCGGCUCUGGAGGGAGACGACCGUCAUCUUCCAUUCGCAGCCGCAACAGCAACCACAAGAGAGGACGCAUCUAUCCGACCCGACCACGGGUGUUUCUCUCCCUUGUGCAGCAACCCUCGAUGUUCUUCGAUCGGCCUGAACUGGCUACGGCAUACACUUGAAGAGACCACAAUGCGACCGAGAACCUCAGAAACGGCUUCCCAGCCUUCUCAGGCUCAGGCGACAUCCGUUUCCUCAAACCAUCACCAAGCCAUCGGGUCCGCCCCGCCUCCAGUCGAUAAUUACUCCGAUCAACAACCACAAUACCACCUCCACCGCGAACACAGCCAGCAGCAGCAACAACAGCCUCACGACCCGCCGACACAUGGCCAAGCAGCGUACUCUUCUUACAGCCAAACUUUCCCCGUGAUACCCUCAUCCUACUACCACGAGCCCGGCUCAUUUAUACACGACGACUACGACGAUUACGAAGACUACGACGAUGACGACGACGACGAUGCGGAGGAUGAUGACGACGACGACCUAGACAUGAGCGACAGCGAUGGAGGUGCACCCUUAGAUCAUGUCAUGACAGUCACCAGUCUUCUGUCUCCCAUGUCCGACAACGAGCCCGAGUUGGACCCCCCUCAAUCAUUCUCAGGGAAUCAUCACUUCGAGCAACCCGCACUUUCGCCACACGAGCAACACACCUCAACGGGGCCGCCUGCUCAUAUGGUCAACUACUGGAACGUAUCAAUUGCGGCCGGUAAUGCAUACCUUGAUCCGAUAGGAGCUCAUCAUCCCACCCCGCUUGAUACGACUCCUUUCCAUCCUAUGCUUCAUGCUGGAGCCAUGGAUGAUGACGACGAUGAUGAUGUCUUCUAUCCACCUGUAGCCGAGCAGCUCCAGCAGUUUCAAGCAGUGGUUGCCAACGAGGACGAAAUAGCAUGGGAAAAUGCAGGUCCGCCGGCCCUCAGCAAUCCCAACCCAAGCACCCUCGGCCCUGAAAAUCCUGGUCUGACCGAUUUCCUCAAGGGAUGGGCCUGGCGUAACGGAUUCCAGUCCCGAGGGCCUAGUCCUGGAAUUCGUCAGAUCAAUGCACAGGUCUCGCGGGAUGUCACGCGUGUACGAUACUCGGACUUGGAGGGCGAUGCAUACGACGCGCAGGGCAUCGACUGGGAGGCCUUGGGGGUGACACGCAAAAAUGCUCGAGAGCGGAGAUGCCUGGACUACAAGAACUACACCAACAGGACAGAUUCGGACAUAUGGGCUCCCCAUCUACCAGACAGGAUUAUACGAAAUACCGAGGAUUUCUUCAGGUUUCGUCGCAUGGACAUCCGUCAAAACGUUCACCUGGCUCAUUUCCAGCUGCGCAAUAUCCUAGCAUGUGCUGGGCGCAGCCAUGCGUUCUACCCAGGCCAGCGAGCCGUUCACCGGAUCAACCCCGUAUCUGGCGAAAGUGAAGUGGCCAUGGACCUCAACGACAUGAUGGGUGUCCAGAUUUCAACUUUGGACGCCAACUGUGGCAUCUUGAUUGCAGGUACUUUCAACGGAGAGUAUUGUAUGCGAAACAUUUACAGCCAGGACAAGAAGUACGCCGAAGGACAAAUCACCAGCCACGUGAGUGGCAUAACCAACCAUUUGCAGAUCCACACUUCCAGAAACUCAUCCUCACCGCUGGCCGCCUUCGCUUCCAAUGACCAAGGUUUCCGUGUCAUGGAUGUGGCCACCGAGAAGUUUGUUCUGGAUACGCAAUACGGCUGUCCCAUCAACUGUUCCGCUCUGUCCGCCGAUCGUCGUUUGCGCGUAAUGGUCGGUGAUAACUACAAUGUCCUGAUUGCAAACGCAGACACCGGUGAAAUAUUGCAAGAGUUGGGAGGCCACCGUGACUUUGGGUUCGCAUGCGACUGGUCAGACAAUGGCUGGACCGUUGCAACCGGUUUCCAGGACAUGAGCGUGAAACUCUGGGACGCUCGAAUGUGGACCAACUCGGACGGUACCAGCAAGCCACUCACCACAAUUCGUUCCGAGAUGGCAGGUGUCCGCAGCCUGAGGUUCUCACCUACCGGCAGCGGCCCUCAAGUUCUCGUGGCGGCCGAGGAAGCUGACUACGUCAACAUCAUCGACAUUCAAAGUCUAGCCCACAAGCAGACAUUUGAUAUCUUUGGGGAGAUUGGAGGCGUUGAGUUCACCAACGACGGUCAGGACCUCAAUAUUCUCUGCAUGGACCGCACUCGUGGAGGGCUGGUACAACUGGAGCGUUGCGAUAUAGCGUCCAGCUCCGAUUUUGGGUAUGCACAUCAAGCGGCGGCUAGGGACCCUUGGUGGAGGCCUAGCCAGAGUGGAAUACUAUCUGAUGCAGAGAUGGUUCAAUCCAAACUGUCGGCUCAGCGGGAAAGAGGGUACGACCUCUUUGAUGACUUGGAGCCUUUCUGAAAGGAAAGGACAUAAUACACCCACUGUCGUCAGCUACAUCUACCAACGUUGGCUGCGUCAGGGAUGUAUUGAUCUACCUGUCAUCGGCGUUUCGGCGUUGUUUUGGCCGCAGCGUCGUGGCAACAUUGGUCGAUUUGGCGUUUACCCACAAGCUCUACCUUGGCUUUCGAACCUUCGACUUGUCCACACUCGAUGUGUGUGUGUGUGUGUGUGUUCGACAUAUAGACAGUGCCAGUGCCUUAGUGCGCUGGCCUUGGGAAAAGACGGUCAGGAAAACAUUCCCGGGUCCGAGACUUCUACAAGCAUCAUCUUCAUUUCCUUUCUACAUAUUUUGGCAAUCAGCACAGCGU